ACCUGACCAGUGAGCGAAAGUACAGGGAAGCUCUGAAGAAAGAUCUUUCCUCCAGCCUCUUCCAUCAACUGCCAGAGACGUUAGAGAUGCUCCACGCUAAGGAAGUCUCUGAGAUGCUUAGUGAGGUGAAAUAUAAAGAAGAUUGUAAGGAGAUGAACAUGAACAUCUACUCAGUGCUGCCUGAGACCAUGGACACUCGGCACGUUAGAGAGGUGUCCGACCUGCAGAGUGAGGUGAAAUACAAGGAAGGUGUGAAGGAGACGAAUCAGAGCAGUUUGUACCAUCAGCUGCCUGAGACCACGGAGACACAGCUGGCCAAACAUCUGUCAGAGCUGCAGAGUGAUGUUAAAUAUAAGGAGGCUGGUAAGAAGGAGAUGAAGACCAACCUUUACUCCCAGCUCCCCAACACCAUAGAGAUACAGCGAGCCAAAGAAGCUGCAGAGCUGCUCAAUGAGAUCAAAUACAAAGAAAUCGGGAAGAAGGGAAUGUCCAGCUCGUUGUAUUCGACUCUGCCAGACACUUUAGAAACCAGCUUUGCCAGAGAGAUGACUGAGAUGCUGAGUGAGAACAAGUACAAAGAGGAAGGAAGGAGGAACCUGUCUCAGAGUUUUUACUCUCAACUUCCAGAAACAGCAGAGACUCAGUUUGCUAAAGCCGUCUCUGACCUGCAAAGUGAGAUGAAGUACAGAGAAGCAGGAAAGAAAGAAGCGAUGAACUCCCUGUACUCGACUCUACCUGAGACCCUGGACACCUGUCACGCUAAAGAGGCGUCCCAGCUGCAGAGCCAGCUGACAUACAAGCAGAAUCAGAAGAAAGACGCCUCCAGUCUCUACCACCUGAUGCCAGAAACCAUCGAUACUCAGUUUGUCCGACAGCAGAUGGAGAUGCUCAGUGAGGUCAAAUACAAAGAAGACGGGAAGAAAGAGAUGAGCAUGAACCUGUAUUCUCUGCUUCCUGCGACACUGGAGAGCCAGCAUGCUAAAGAGCUGAUGGAGAUGCAGAGCGAGGCAAAAUACAAAGAAGCCAGUAAGAAAGAGACUUCCACUCCUCUGUACCACAGCCUGCCGGAAACUCUGGAGACGCAACACGCCAAGGAGGCGUCAAAGCUGCAAAGCCAGCUGCUUUAUAAAGAAGGCUUGAAGAAGGAUCUGCAGUGUCCAGCUUACCACCUGCUUCCUGAUACUCUGGAGACCCAGUUUGCCCGAGAGGUCGCCCACAUCCAGAGCGAGAACAAGUACAAAGAGGAGGGGAAGAAGAUCUUGUCUCAGAGCGUCUACGCUCAGCUGCCAGAAACCAGCGAGACCAAGUUUGCUAAAGCCGUCUCUGAGCUGCAGAGUGAGACUAAAUACAAGAAGUCAGGGAGGCGAGAGGCCGGCAGCAGUUUGUUCUCAGUGAUGCCAGAAACCCUGGAGACCCAACACGCCAAGCAGGUUUCUCACAUCCAGAGCCAGGUGAAAUACAAAGAGGACCUUCAGAAGCAGCUGUCGUCCAGUUUGUUCUCCACGCUUCCUCAGACGCUGCAGACUGAACGGGCCAAAGAAGUCACAGAGCUCCAGAGUCAGGUGAAGUAUAAGGAGGGCUGUCAGAAGGAGGUGUCCUCCUCCCUGUACCACCUCCUUACAGAGACGCCUGAGAUGCAUCUGGCCAAGCAGGUGUUGGACAUGCAGAGCGAGGUGAAGUACAAGAAAGAAAUGGAAGAUCUACCAAACACGCUUUACUCGCUGAUGCCUGAAACUCUGGAGACGCAGUUUGUGAAAGAAAUGGCGGAAAUUCACAGUGAGGUGAAGUACAAGCAGGAGGCGAAGGAGCAGACAUCUACAUCGCUUUACUCCAAACUGCCGGAAACUCUGGAGACGAGACAUGCUAAAGAAGUGAUGGAGCUGCAGAGUGAAAAAAAAUACACAGAAGAAGGAAGGAAGGAGAUGGCGUGUCCUCUGUACUCCCAGCUUCCUGAAACUGCUGAGACACAGUUUGCACGAGAGGUGACAGAAAUCCUGAGCGAGAACAAAUAUAAGGAAAGUGGGAAGAAGAGCCAGACUGUUAGCGCUUACUCCCAGCUACCAGAAACCAGUGAAAUCCAGUUUGCCAAAGCUGUUUCAGAAAUUCAAAGCGAGGUCAAAUAUAAAGAAGCAGGACGAAAAGAAGCAUCCAGCUCUCUGUACUCAAAGCUCCCUGAAACUCUGGAGACUAAACACGCCAAAGAGGCUUCACAGCUGCAGAGUCAGGUGAACUACAAACAGCCGAUGAAUGGGUCUCUGUAUCAUCAUCUACCUGAGACCUCUGAGACGCGGCUGGCUAAGGAGCUGAGCGACGUUUGCAGUGAGGUGAAAUACAGAGAGGAGGGACAGAAGGAGAUCAGCAAGAACCUGUUCUCACACCUCCCAGAGACGGCAGAGACGCAGUUCGCCAAGGAGAUGUCAGAGAUCCAGAGCCAGUCAAAGUAUAAGAAGGACUUGGAGGAUCUGUCCAACACUCUGUACUCGCUGCUGCCUGAAACUCUAGAGACGCAGUUUGUGAAGGAGAUGGCAGAUACUCACAGUGAGGUUAAGUACAGGGAAGCAGGGAAGAAGGAGGCCAGCAGCUCUCUGUACCACCAACUGCCUGAAACUUUGGAGACGCGGCGUGUUAAAGAGGUUACUGAGCUGCAGAGCGAGAACAAGUACAAGGAAGGUGGGAAGAAGUCUAUGUUGUGUAGUUUGUACGCUCAGCUGCCUCAGACUGCAGAGACGGAGCUCGCCGCCAAAGUGUCUGACCUGCUGAGUGAGAAUAAAUAUAAAGAGGAUGGUUUGAGGAGCCUCUCCCAUAGCCUUUAUUCUCAGCUGCCUGAAACCACUGAGACUACCUUCGCUAAAACUGUCUCUGAGCUGCAAAGUGAGGCUAAAUACAAGGAGGUGAGCAGAAAGGAGGCGAGCAGCUGCCUGUACCACCAGCUGUCUGAAACCCUCGAGACGCGACAUGCUAAAGAAGCCACUGAGCUGCAGAGUCAGGUGAAAUACAGAGAGGCUAAAAAGGAGCUUAACACCAACCUGUACUCUCAGCUGCCAGAGACGGACCAGAUGAAGUUUGCCAAAGCUGUCAUGGAGCUGCAGAGUGAGAACAAAUACAAGCAGAAAGGAAGGCAAGAGAUCAGCAGUACUGUUUUCCACCAAAUGCCUGAAACCAAGGAGAUGGAGUUUUUCAAACAGAUCUCAGAACUGCAGAGCGAAUCAAAGUAUAAAAAGGACUUGGAGGAUUUGUCCAACACUCUGUACUCGCUGCUGCCUGAAACUCAGGAGACACAGUUUGCUAAAGAGAUGGGAGAGACUCACAGUGAGAAUAAGUACAAGGAGGCCAGUAAAAAAGAACUGGUUCAGUCUCUGUACUCCCACCUUCCUGAAACCAAAGAAACUCAACAUGCAAAGCAGCAAUCCCAGCUGCACAGUGAGAAAGCUUACAGGGAGGAGGGGAAGAAAGAAGCAGGUCACUGUUUGUACGCUCAGAUGCCCCAAACCAUCGAAACCGUCUUUGCAAAGGAGGUGACCAAAGCCCAGAGCGAUAAGUUCUAUAAAGAGAAGUAUAACCGUGAGAAGGGGAAGUCUGACUACAGCAACAUGAAGACGCUGCCUGAGGUGGAGCACGCCAUGGAGGUCAACAGGAACCAGAGCGAUGUCAGCUACAGAAAAGGUAAAGACGAUCUUCAUCACUACAACCCAGAGCCGGACCGACCCGACAUCGUCAGCGCCACCAACGCAGCCAAACUGGCGAGUGAUGUGGCGUAUAAGAGUAAAGCAAAGCAGCAGGUCUGCACCGAUGAAUCCCUCCUGUCCAGAACCGACCUUCUGCACGCCAAAGAGGUUUCCAAACUGGCCAGUCAGGUGAAGUACAAAUACCAGCAUUUAAAGGGCCAGAAACCAUGUUACAACCCCAUGGACUGCGUGUCUUUCAAACACUCACAGGCUGCUGCUGCUCUGGCCAGUCAGGUGAAGUAUAAGACCAACCAGAACCAGAGACCCGAAGGUUCCUCGGAUGUACCGAAUCUCCUGCAGCUGGAGCAUGCCCUUCAUGCCAGCAAGCUCCAGAGCAAUCUUGAAUAUAAGAAGAAGUACAAACAAACGAAGGCCCACUACCACAACGCCCUGGAUACGGCAGAGCAGCUCCACCACAGGGAGAACGCCGUGCUGCACAGCCAGGUGAAGUACAAGGAGGAGUAUGAGAAGAACAAGGGUCGCUCCCUGAUGGAGUUUGGAGACACUCAGACCUACAAAGUGUCCAAAGAAGCUCAGAAGAUGCAGAGUGAGAGGGAAUACCGUAAGGACUUCGAGGAGCAGGUGAAAGGUAGAGCUUUGCUGGAUGUGGAUCAGACUCCAGGAUACCUGACUGCCCGAAACGCCAGCAGUCUGCUGAGUGAGAAGGUGUACAGGAAGGACCUGGAGCAGGAAGUGAAGGGGCGGGGCUUAUCUGGUCUCGGUCUGGAGGAAACGCCAGAGCUUCUCAGGGUUAAGAAAGCCAAUCAGAUUCUAAACCAGAAGGAAUACCGCCGGGAUCUGGAGACCGAAAUCAGGGGUAAAGGAAUGGAGCUGAGCACAGACGUCCUGGAGAUACAGAGAGCCAAAAGAGCUUCAGAGAUCCAGAGCCAGAAAUCAUACAAACAGACGGAGCAGCUAAGGGAGAACUCCUAUGGGACGCUUACAGACACUCCUGAGCUGCUGCAUGCCUCCUACCUCAAAGACAUCUACAGCCAGAAGAAGUACAAGGAUGAGGCUGAGCAGCUGAAGGGCCGCUACAGCCAGGUUCCAGAAACCCUGGAGAUGGAGAGGGUCCGAGCCAACCAGAGACACAUCAGCUCUCUGCGGUAUAGCUGUGACUCCAAACUGAUGCGAGGCCUGACGGCGUCGGUCACGGAGACGCCAGGGAUCGUCCUGGCCAGGGAGAACGCCAAGAACUUCAGUGAUGUCCAGUACAAAGAGCAGGUGGGUCACGGCACUGCAGUCAUGGACACACCUGAGAUGGAGCGAGUGCGACGCAACCAGGAUAACAUCAGCUCAGUGAAAUACAAGCAGGCUGCAGCCAAGGCCACCAGUCUGGGGGUGACUCCAGAGGUGGAGCGGGUCAAACAGAACCAGGAGAACAUCAGCUCGGUGAAGUACCAGCGCGGCCUCCAGGAGCUGAGGGGGCGGAGCUGCACCGAGCUGGACACGCCCGAAUACAGGCGGGUCAGAAGGACCCAAGACUCUGUCUCCAUGGCCAAGUACCAUGAGGACUUUGAGCGGACCCGCGGCCGAGGCUUCACGCCAGGAUUGGACGACCCCAGCAUGGAGCGCUACCAGAGGGCCAAUCAGAUGAUGGGAGAGCCGGCCUAUGGCAAGGGGAUCCACCCCCAGGCGGUAGAGAUGGACAGACGGCCCGGAGGCAUCAUCGUAGACCUGAAGGUGUGGAGAACAGAUCCAGGCUCCAUCUUUGAUUUUGACCCUCUAGAAGACAACAUUCAGUCCAAAAGUCUCCGCAGAAUGUCUGAGCGAGCAGGCCGCAGGCUGAGCAGGCAGCACUCCCAACAGUCUGCCAGCUCUCUGACCUCUGACCUCUGGGACCGCAGCAGCAGCAGCACUCCUGCUCCCGUGCUGCCCGGAGCGUACCACCAUCAUCAUCAUCAGGGCCACCAGAUGCAGCAGCAUCAGCAGUAUCAUGGGUACAUGCAUCAGACCAGCAUGUCGUCCGUCAGAUCCGUCACCUCACCGCCACACUCUGCCACAUCGCGUGUUUAUAGAGCGCUGUACGACUACGCGGCCCAGGAUCACGACGAGGUGUCCUUCAGGGACGGAGACGUCAUCAUCAACGCCCAGCCCAUCGACGAAGGCUGGAUGUACGGCACCGUGCAGAGAACCGGCAAGUCCGGCAUGCUGCCGGCGAACUACGUGGAAUGCUGCAACUGAAGAAGAGGAGAUGGAGGAGGAGAUGGAGGACGAGGAGGAGUCCUGCAGGGCUGAAAAUGUUCUCAGUGUGUCAAAAGCAGAUGAUGGCGAUAUUCUUUAGUUUUCAGGAGGUUUUUAUUUUCCAACACCUGCAGAAAUAAUGUCUGCAUGUUCUCAACCGAUCCUGUGAGUCAGAGAGUCACAAUAAAAAGGUUUUACUCAUUUGAUUGACAGAUUCAUUUAGGAAGGAAGGAGGCUGCUCAUUUAAAACGUGUGAGAUGAGCUUCUAAUCAAAGGAGAGAUGUAGGCUCCUCUGAGGGAAAACAUCACUUUUUACAGCAGGGAAGGAAAAGGAAAUGAAGCUGGUUGGAGAAUAAAAUAGUCCUGAUAGGUUGAUUAACCUCCUUUGCUUCAGGUUAACGCUCUGAAAUAUUUUAUUUAGUGUUGUUUUUCUCAGACCAACCUGUUCUCACUGAUACAUUCAAAGCCAAUUCUGAUGCUUUGGUUUUUGACCAAAUUAAAAAAUAAUCCCACAUUUCUCAUUAUGAUCACAGCUGCUUUUCAUUCCUGCUGGAUCUACAGGCUUUACCUGAAGGUCUAUUCACACAAUGUUGGAUUAUUUCAACUAAAGUUCUCUCAUUUUACCAACUAAUAUACAUCAUAUUUGGGUUUUUAAAUGUUUGCUUUUUUUCAUUGGCUUGUUUUUUUUUUUGUUUUUUACGUAAAUCCUAAAGAAUCUGUGGAUCAUAAUAGCUCACAUUUCACCCAGACUUUUAUUUUACAACUUCAAGCUAAUCAUCUUGUCAGAGCUCAGAUCUUUGGACCCAGAAUUCAGGCAGAUGGUCUGAAGUAAUUGACAAUAGCGUUCAUUGACAGUUUGACGAAUCUGCGACUCAGCAGCUAGGACAAAAAAGGCUGGAAUCUCUGUAGAGGGGAAAACACAGGUUAGUGACCAUGUAACUGACGGAGGACGAUAAUAAGCGUGUGAGUCACUAACCUGGUUAUAAAAUUCAGUCUAAGCCCAGAGGAAGGAGUGGAAUCAAGUUGAAUGAUUUUCCACAGCAAGCGACAGAUGACUCCUAGAGAGUUCCAGAAACUGAAGCUAAGAAGGCUGCUGAGCAGGCUGACAAGCAGAAGCUAGCAGACAAGAGAGAGCAGGUGUUUCCAGAAGGAGAAGCCAAAGCCGGUGUCGAUGAGGUAAACAGUCCCGGCCAAAAGAUCAGAGAUCCGAAGAGGUACCUAAGGGGAAUCCAAGUAGGCGUCAGGAGACAGAACCAGGGUCGUAAGCAGGCAGAAUGCAGCAGGUGUCUGAAGACAGCUCAGGCAAACAGAUCAGAACAGGGGCAGGCAGGCUCAGGGGUCAAGGAGCAGAAACUAGUCAGGUUAAGGUUAUCAGAACAACACACUUGGUACGCUAGAGAACUCGCACCUACGGCUCGAAUAAUCUGGCACUGAUGGCUGGGAGCAAGCAGCUUAAAAAGAGGCAAGAGCAGGUGGAUGAGAUGUACAGUAAUGAGAGAUCUGGGCGGAGCUUGGCAGGUGAACGGAAUGAACAAUGAAGCCAGUUAUCAGUGCCAAGAUCAUGACACCUCUAAGUUAGAACGAUUCAAUUAAAAAUCAUUUGACAACAUAUUUCAUUAAUAAAUGUAUUAUUAGAUCCACUAAUAAAGAUGCUUUAAAAUUGUAUUUCAGUAAAUCAAAGCAACAUUUACAAUAGUCCUUCUUUAACAUAGGAAGGACCAGAAAGUAUCAUAGCAGACAUCUUUACCUUCAGUCCUAAAACUUCCUGAGUUAAACCGCUGCUAAUGAAGCAGUUUGAUCCAGGCAUUGGACAGGAGACACCUCUAGAUGUUCCAGGACACCGUCCACCAAGGACAGGAGACACCUCUAGAUGUUACGGGACUGCGUCCUUCAAGGACAGGAGACACCUCUAGAUGUCCCAGGACACUAUACUUCAAGGACACGAGACACCUCUAGAUGUUCCAGGACACCAUCCACCAAGGACAGGAGACACCUCUACAUGUUACGGGAACCCUGUCCUUCUAGGACAGGAGACA